AUGGGCGAUGUCGCAGCUGCUCACCGGCGGAGAGCAUGUGUGAUGACGGCUGCUCGCACAAAUCGUGAGCUCUCGAUUGGAAUGCAGCGAACCAUACAAAUCACAGCAGAUCUACACCCGAUGCCCGAUUCCCAUGGUCAUUUUUACGUCCAAAAAGCUCGGAGCCGUACGCGAUCUGAAAAUUCUCACGCUUCUUGCGGUGCGCAACAGCGGUCGAAGCGCACUGUCAAGGUUGGAAUCACCGGAAAGUACGGUACCCGUUACGGUGCCUCGCUCCGUCGUCAGAUCAAGAAGAUCGAGAUCUCGCAGCACUCCAAGUACACUUGCACCUUCUGCGGCAAGGACUCGGUCAAGCGCAAGGCCGUCGGCAUCUGGGAGUGCCGUGCCUGCAAGAAGGUCAUGGCUGGUGGUGCUUGGACCCUCAGCACCUCGGCUGCUGCCACCGUCCGAUCGCGUGAUUUGGCUGUUGAUGGGACUUUUGCGCUCGAUCGGCACGUCGAUGUGACCCGAUACCGAUCUCCUCUUCUUUGCGACAGCACCGUUGACCCUUAUCAACCUUUCCAACCGGCAAUCCAGUUUCAAGUUCCUUCUGAGACACUCGUGGCAGCUCGGCAAAUUUCACGGCCACGGUGA